GCAUCGUUUGAUUGAAUGGAAAACGCGACGCCAAACGUCAACUCACUGUUUGAAAGCCAAUGUGAGGGUUUGCCUUUUGGUUUGCGCUUUUCCAACAAAGUGUUUUUUUCUUGAAAAAUAAAAUGGUUUUCAAUAGAUCAAGUGGAAGCGUUGCGAGGAUUCCGAAAACACCUGGGAACCGGAGAAAAAUCUCAACUGCCAGGAUCUUCUGGAGAAAUCUGCACGCGAGGAGGGCGAGAAGCGGGUCAGCCACGACAAGCGAACAUGGAUCGGGUCGUAGAAGAUGGGGGCCCUCCGGUGAUUCCGGCCAAACGAACGAAGGCCAAAAACGGAUUCAAAAAGGUUACGUGGCGGAGAAGUUGGAAGGAGUGCCCGAAGAGGACGGCGAACGGACGUUCCUGGUUCGUUGGAAGGGAGUCGACGAGGUGGAACUGGUCCAGUCCAGGAUGGUCCGCCUGCACGUUCCGGCGCUGGUGAUUUAUUUCUAUGAGAGCCGUAUCAUCAACGCGGCCAAGAUAAGCGUGCAGUAGAAGUUUAAGUGAUACAAUGUUGAAGAUGUUCA